CAAGCUUCCAGAAAUUCGGUCGGAAUGAUUGUAAACCGCCGCAACGCCCCAUUCCAGACACAAUGGCUACAACAGCAGCAAGGACAUUCCGUACAGGAACAAAACAGGUGUUUUUGCCCGAUCAUGUGGUGACCCUCUGCCGGCCGCAUCGGCCUCAGCCACCCCAGUUCGCAACAUUCCAUGUCCCCUUGACCUUCAACAAGCUCGACAUAAGAGACUAUCUCCUGCAUGCCUACAAGGUGAACACCCUCACAGUGCGCUCGCAUCUGGCGCAGCGCCCCCCCAGACUAUCGGCCUUCUCCGGUCGCAUCGGCCGCCCGCCCCCGAUCAAGUACAUGACGGUAGAGCUCGAGAAGCCCUUUGUCUUCCCCAAGGAGCCGACCACAGAGGAGCAGAAGAAGUGGCACAGCGAGGAGAUGCAGAAGCGCAUUGAGAUGGAGAAGAUAUACGCACAGAGGGCCAAGAGCUACCGCGAGAAGGGAACCCUCAUCACACCCGCCAUGAGGAGGAAGGACGACGAUAGGAGGAUGCUGGCCGCCCAGGCCAGGGAUCUGCUUGAGGGCAAGGUCAAGUGGGGCAACCAGAGGGAACUCGACCCGAGGUGGGAGACGAGUCCAGGACAGGUCGAGGACGUGAUCGCGGGUGAGGUCGCCGAGAGCGUCGAGGGCAAAAUUGUGCCCGAAAAGAGUUCGAAAUAAGAAGUGCAUCCUUUUUAUGCCCGAACUCGUCUCAGAGCAGAUGGGUGUAUGUGGAAAUGCGGUGUACGAUCAAGUGUGUCAUAUGUGUACGACGGGUUUCUCUGGCGUCUGAGCCCAGGAAGGCAUAUAGAACUCUGCAACAAGAGCAGAAAUGGACAUCAAAAGCGUUUUAUGAUGAACCAUGAUUCUCAAAAAGCUGUGUUCCAAGCUAUUGUGUAUAUCGAACAGGGGGUCCAGCAAUACAUACGUGUACAAUCCAAUCCUUGAUUAUUUGUAUCUUGCCCGAAACCGAGAAGAGUCAAAAUGAGCUUUGAGC